GGUGAACUCCCCCUAUGAUGGUCAAGUUGACUCGCCCUGCAACAUGGACAGUAACGUGCUUUCACUGGAGAAUAGUAAACAAUCCACAAUGGAAUGAAGACAUUUAUCAGCCGAUUCUGUCUUCAGAAAUAAUCUGCCGUUUGAUGCUUCGGCGUGAUUUACGGUUCAUGCAUGUAAACGCAUGCAGCUACUGAUGGCUGAGGGCACUUGCUGGCACACAAAAGAGUCAAGUUAUUUCGAGUCUGUUUAAGCUGUGAUCAACUGAACAGUGAUGCUCUUUAGUGACAUCGCUGGUAUUCCUCUGCAAACAUCAUUUCGGAUCAGUUUGAAGUCUCCGCAUCGGUAUUAAUAAGCGCGGCUGUCAGAGAUGGACGGCAUUGGGAACAGCAUGCAGAAGAAGGCUGCUGAGCUGGAGCGCAUGGCCGAAGUCCUCGUUACUGGAGAACAGUUACGGCUGCGACUCCAUGAGAGUAAGGUCAUUAAAGACAGAAGGCAUCAUCUCCGUACGUACCCCAACUGCUUUGUGGCUAAGGAGAUUGUUGAUUGGCUAAUUGAGCACAAAGAAGCAUCUGACAGAGAUACUGCCAUCACGAUCAUGCAAAAACUUCUUGACCAGAGCAUCAUUCACCAUGUUUGCGAUGAACACAAGGAGUUCAAAGAUAUGAAGCUGUUCUACCGUUUCAGGAAGGAUGAUGGAACCUUUCCACUGGACAGUGAAGCCAAAGUUUUUAUGAGAGGCCAACGGAUAUAUGAGAAGUUGAUGAACACUGAAAACACUCUGCUGCAAACACGUGAAGAGGAGGGUGUGACGUAUGAGCGGACCCUGGUGGCCUCAGAGUUUAUCGACUGGCUCCUGCAGGAAGGUGAAAUGCCCACCAGGGAGGAAACAGAGCGGUUGGGACGCAGACUGCUGGAGCAUGGCAUCAUUCAGCAUGUUUCUAACAAGCAUCAUUUUGUGGAUGGAGGACUACUUUAUCAAUUCAGAAUGAAUUUCCGGCGGCGGCGGCGACUGAUGGAGCUUUUGAACGAGCGUUGUCGCAGCAUACCGGAGAACCAUGACAGCCCUUUCUGUCUGCGAAAACAGGGCUCUGAGGGGGGAAACACCAGCUUCCUUUCAGUAAGCCCCACUAAAGAGAUAAAGGUGGUGUCAGCGGUACGGCGGAGCAGUAUGAGCAGUAGUUGUGGCAGCAGCGGUUACUAUAGCAGCAGCCCCACACUCAGCAGCAGCCCUCCUGUGCUCUGCAACCCCAAGUCUGUGCUGAAGAGACAAGUGAGUCCAGAGGAACUUCAGGCUCCUGGUGGACCUUACAUAAAGAAGACAUUCACAAUUGUGGGAGAUGCAGUGGGCUGGGGAUUCGUGGUGAGAGGAAGUAAACCCUGCCACAUCCAGGCAGUGGAUCCCGGCGGACCUGCGGCAGCAGUGGGAAUGAAGGUGUGUCAGUUUGUGGUGGCGGUUAAUGGAUUGAAUGUCCUGAGUCUGGACUACAGAACUGUCAGCAACCUCAUCCUGACUGGUCCCAGAACAGUGGUCAUGGAGGUUAUGGAGGAAGGGGAAUACUGAAGACGAGCUCACAACCGCUCUACAUGUUUUUCUGUUCUUCUCCUUCUCUGGUCUUUCCUCAGUGAGUGCUUAAUGGAAUGUUCAGAGAAGUGAACUCCUGAUUCCGUUCAUCAUUUUGAUUCAAACUCAUUAGUUUAAAGAGCAUGACACUAAUCUGUGCCUCCCAUUGGCUCCUCAUUGACUGUUACCGGUCCAUGUCAGCUGAGAUUGUAACUGGACAGAUUAUAGGGGAAAAGCAGCUGCCAAAUAUCAUUUUUAGUAGAACCGCAGUAUUUAAAAUACUCUUGAAAGGUAGGUUUGCAGGACCAAUGCCAAACUAAUACAUGUGUGCCAUUCAGGUGAGAGCACAAUUUAGUGCUCUUUUUCGACUGUUUCCUCAUUCAGAGUUUAGGCUUUGACUUUUCAAGAGUAAAAGAAUUCAACAUUGUGUCAGGUAUCUUUUUUUAACUUUGGUUAAUUGAUCGUAGUAGUGUGGUUAUUUUUAAAUAACUAUUUUAAUCCCUGUCAUGCUUGCCGGGACUUAUGUAUAUUGAUAACCAUCAAAAUGCAGGGGACAACCAACAACAGCACUUACAGACUUUCAAUGAAACUUAAGAGUGAAUGUUUAAAACGCUAAGCACAUCUGAAAGAUAUGCUGUUGUACUGUAACUCGUGUCUUUUUUUAAAAAGUGUCUUGUGAAAGUAGUUCAAAUUUCCUGUCUUUUGUCUAAAUGCCAUCAAGAAGGCAAGUAGUUACCUGUAACUUUAAUGUUAAUAUUAUAUGACAACAUUAAAAAUAUUACUCAUAAAGUGUUACGGCAGAAACACACUCUACGCAAGUACACCUACGCUCUUGUGUGAGUCUGGCGGAAACAAGCUGCAGUAAUGUUACUUGAGGGCGACAGAGUUGCAUUAAUAUCUCUGACUUUAAACCAGACGUGUUAUUCAGUUAAGUAGCCAUUAAUUAAUGAAUUAGAAUGAAAAAGAAAUUGGCUGUAAAAAAUACAAUUUCUGCUCAUUUACCUUAUGAGAUGAAUUGUGAAUUGCGGCAGUCUUGGUCAGGCCAAAGUUCCUUUCAAGGAAAAUAGUUCACUCGGCGGCCAUAUUUGUAACACCUCCGGGCAGCUAUUUCCAGAGAUUGUAUAUUAUAGGGAGAUGAGAGGGUCUGUAUCUCUUACCAUUGGAGAAAGCGUAACGGCUAUCUUAAUCACGUGUGACACCUCUCAGCCUAUUGUGUAAUAGCAGUAACAUCAGUGCCUGCCGUUUAAAACUCCUUCCCUGCGUACCGCCAGAGGUGGAGGUUUGGAUUAGCCGUUAUGCUUUUUUGGCUAAAGGUUGCAGGCUUGCCUUACAGUGGUUUUGGCUAUUUCGGCAAAGCCACUGUAAGGCAAGCCUGCAACCUUUAGCAUGGCUUGUUUUACAAGCAUGUUUUACACUAAACAAUACUUUCGUUGCGAACUAUAUGUAGAUUUUAGCUUGAUAAAAAAUGUAUUUUUUUAAGAGAAGGCAGACUAGGGAAUGAUGAUGUCACUGCCAUUACACGAUAGGCUGAGAGGUGCCGCACGUGAUUAAGUUAGCCGUUACGCUUUCUCCAACGGUAAGAAAUGCAGACCUUCUCAUCUCCCUGUAAUAUCCAAUCUCUGAUUUCGGGCAUCCAAGACCAAGUCCUGUCUAUUUGAAUGGGGGAAUCCUGAAAUCCCCAAAACUGCUAUUAAAUAACACAAUUAAAUAACAUAUUUCAUAUCAGCAACAAAAUCUGACAUGAACCGUCCCUUAAAUGUUGUUUCUUAUGCUAAAAUAGUGUUAAAACGCGUAUUUUUCAGUCUAGACGAGCCAAUGCGCAUGUGCAAUCCUAUGCGCGAGUCUCUGGUUUCUAUGGGAACCGGAGCCUCUAACAGCAGCUACAGUGACGCAAUGACCUUGUCAAUCAGCGAUUAGCUCUUUUACUUAUAGAAGGCGGGACGUAUUUGCCAUAUUGUGCGUUGCAGUUUCUCCCAUUCAUAACUAAUAGGAGUGAACAGCCUUUCUAUAUCUAUAGACUUUGGUCAGCCCCAGCU